AUGGGAACUUGUGCUGCUCAAAAAUAGAAAAAAUAGACAAAUGAUGGUUAAUUAUAAUAAGUAGUAGCUCAAGUUAGACUAUCUCAAGACUGCAAUAUAAUCUUGUAACAGAGAGCGAGCUAAUCCUCCCAUUUAAAUCCUUAUAAGAAUCCAAUUCUCAACAGGAGAUUGAAAGAGAUUCCAACCUCGCCAAAUCCAUAAACUUAAGCAGAAUGA